AUGUCGAGUGUUUACGUUUUCUUUGGCUCCAUAAAAUCUAAAUCACUUCCACAAACUCAGAUCAGGACAGAUCAAUCGAUAUUCAUUGAUAAAGUAAAGAUAUUACAAGAGAAACUGUUGGUUGCACCAACAACAGCAACAGGUGCUACAGGUUCAUCUUCAUCAUCGACAACAACAACAACAACAACACAAAAUCAAAUAUUGGCAAAGACAGAGUCAUUAGCUUCUAUUAUGAGACAAUCUUCUGCAGCAUCUGGAAAUAACAACAACAAUAACAAUAACAUCCAUAACAGUAGCAACACAAUUAGUAACUCUUCCUCAUCUAAUCUAUCGGCAACACUUAGUAGCUAUCCAUCUAUAUCACAGUCACACAACGAUCGAGGUGGUCACCUAACAAAGUUCAAAACAGGUCUCUUUAGAAAGCGUGAUCCACAACUCGCUAAAUAUCAUCAACAUCAUCAAAGUCAACCUCAGUUACAACACCUAGUAAAUAACCAACAACAACAAGCAGUACAACAACAGCAACAACAACCACAACAAGUAGGUCAGCAACAACCUAUUGCCAUUAAUAAUGAUAAUAACAAUAACAACAAUAGUAAUAGUAGUAGUAGUGUAACAGGAACAUCACCAUCUUCAUUCGGAUCGUUAUCACAACACAGAAUGAGUGUUCCAUCUUCUUUAUCUUCUACUACUUCUUCAUCGUCAACAAUAACAACAGCAACAGCAACUACAAUCAACAACAAUAGUAAUAGUAAUAGUAACAAUCAUCAUACGAGUCAAACUAUUAACCCAAAGAUGAUGUCUAUGAUCGGUAGUUCUGCUAGUUCAUCGUAUGAAGGUGAACCGAUUGCAUUGAUACAGUCUAACGAGAGAGAGAGAGAAAGAGAAAGAGAUAGAAAGACAUUGAAAUCAUCUAGCAGCACAUCAAGACAAUCACUAAAGAAUAGCAGUAGCUCGGCAUCGUUACCUAAAUACCAAUCAGCUAUAGAACUAUCAAUGUCACCACCAGGAUCCAAUAUACAUCAACAUCAUUAUCAACAAAGAAUAAUAAAUAACAACAAUAAUAGUAAUAAUAGUAAUAAUAAUAGUGGUGUAAUGUCACCACCAAUUCAACAACAUUAUAUUACAACACCAAAUACACCUUUACAACAACAUCAAUAUAAUAAUAACAGUAACAAUGGUAAUAGCUCAAUGACAUUGUCAAGUAAUGUUGUAUCACCAAUUGGUUCACCACCAUUAAUAAAUAACAGUAAUAAUAGUAACAGUAAUAAUAAUACUACAGGAUCAUUGAAAUAUCAUCAAGCAACUUCACUAUUUAGAUUGAUAACAGAGUUGAUUAAUACAGACUUUCCGAUGUGUAUGGAGUGUGCAAAGUUGACUACGGGCGAGUUGGAGCUGGAGACUAAGGAGAUUGUCGACGAGAUUGAAGCCUAUCAGUCAGUUCAAACUGAUACCGAAUGGCUCGACUUCGAAAAUCGAGGAUAUCGUGAACAAAGCGGUCUACGAGCUCUAUGGUUCCAGCGAUAUUUCGUUGGGUCGGCUGUUUUGGUACGGUCGAUUCGACAAUGGAAUGGUGUCGUUCCUGCAGUGUCUGAAGGAACUGACCGACCAUGUGAAGACCGUUCACGAUCCCGACUUUGA